AUGUAUGGCUGGGAGUCUGCAGCCUCUGGUUCAGAUCGCCAACCAAUGUGGUUUACCGCCUUGGCCUUGAAAAGUAACAGAGAUAGCAGGUUGAUUGGCCGGUACGCAUGUGCAUACACUAUACUCCCCGAUGUGGUUCAAGUGAAGCGAACCGGAGCGACUUGCAGGUGUCGAGAAACCCGUCGCGAUAGGCUCCACAAUACUUUGGUCAACUUUCCACACGAAGUCAGGUCGACAGACACAAGAUCCAUCUCCGAAUACUACUCAGAAGCCGUUUCAAUCAUGGCGCCGAGCCUCGAAGAACCCGAACCCGUUCAAGAGGUGAUAAACAACCCACUGAAAGCGAAACCACAACUUGUCGCCCCCGAACCAGAGCACUGCCCGGGACCCGAGUCCGAACGCGCCGGCACCGCAGACUCUUGCGCAGGCUGUCCUAACCAAAAGAUAUGCGCGUCAGCACCCAAAGGGCCGGACCCGGACAUUCCACUGAUUUCAGCACGGCUAGCAGGCGUCAAACACAAGAUAUUAGUGCUUAGUGGCAAAGGCGGGGUGGGCAAGUCGACAUUCACAAGCCUCCUGGCCCAUGCUUUCGCGACGAACCCAGAGAGUUCGGUGGGGAUCAUGGAUACGGAUAUCUGCGGGCCGAGCAUACCAAAGAUGAUGGGCGCUGAGGCCGAGACGAUUCACAUAAGUGGUGCGGGCUGGUCACCGGUCUAUGUCAUGGACAACUUGGGAGUCAUGAGCAUCCAGUUUAUGCUUCCCAAUCGAGACGAUGCUAUUAUUUGGAGGGGCCCCAAGAAGAAUGGGCUGAUCAAACAGUUCCUCAAGGACGUCGAGUGGGGGGAUCUCGAUUUUCUCCUGGUAGAUACGCCCCCGGGCACGAGCGACGAGCAUCUAAGUGUCAACACCUACUUGAGAGAAAGCGGCAUAGAUGGUGCUGUGGUCGUCACAACGCCUCAAGAGGUAUCUCUCCUGGAUGUGCGGAAAGAGAUAGACUUUUGUCACAAGGCCGGCAUCCGGGUGUUAGGGCUUGUUGAGAACAUGAGCGGGUUUGUUUGCCCCGGAUGCAAGCAUACAAGUCAGAUUUUCCGACCGACCACCGGUGGUGGCAGGGCGCUUGCAAAAGAGAUGGGUAUUAGAUUCCUUGGGUCUGUGCCAUUGGACCCUAGUAUUGGUAUGGCUUGUGACUAUGGCGAGAGCUUCUUCGACAGCUUCCCCGAUAGUCCAACCUGUGCUUCGGUCGAAAACGUGGUGCGAGAGCUUGCCGAGGAGUUAGGACUUGCUGCCGAUAGUGUACUUCCUCCGAAAAAAUAA